CCCAAUCAUCCAGCAAAAACCCAUCUCCCUCUCCCUCCCAUCAUGAUUCCCAUCCACAAACAAAAAACAAUCUCCCUCCCAUCAUGUUCACUCCACCAUCAUGGCCCCCUCCUUAACACUCCGACCCCAACUCCUCCUUUCCCACCACCACCACAACCACCACCCUCCUCCUCUCCACUUCAACCCCAUAAUCACUCGCCGCUCCCUCCUCCUCUCCACCACUUCACUCUCCUUCACAACCACUCUACCACCACCACCACCACCCUCACUAGCCUUAGCCUCUCCUCCACUUGACACCACCAUCACCGACCGUGUCUUCAUGGACUUCAGCCUCUGCCCCACCACUUUCCUCCCCAACACCAACCCAACUCUCUCCCCCGACCCCUCCACUCCUCUCUGCACCGAAUCCUUCCUCUUAGGCCGCCUCAUUCUCGGCCUCUACGGCCACCUCGUCCCUCUCACUGUCUCCAACUUCAAGUCCAUGUGUUCCUCCACUUCCUCUUCCUCAUACAAGAACACCCUCGUCCACAAAAUCUUUCCGGGUCAGUUCUUCCUCGCUGGUCGCCAAGGCCGCCGUGACAAAGCUGAGGUUCGCCCACCUCAUGACUUACCUCGCAACACUGAGGCUGUUGAGUCCAAAGCUUUCUUGCUCCCGCACUCGCGUGCUGGUGUUGUUUCGCUUUGUUUGUCUGAGAAUGAUGAUGAUGAAGACAUUAAGUUCGAUCCAAAUUACAGAAACGUUGAGUUCUUGAUCACCACUGGACCUGGUCCUUGUCCACAACUCGAUAACAAAAACAUUGUUUUCGGGACCGUCCUUGAAGGUUUGGAUAUUGUGGCAGCCAUAGCCUCCAUCCCUACAUACAAACCAGGGGAACGAAUUCGCCAAUUCAAUGACUUGGCCAAAUUUCUUGGAGAUGAAAGAGCCCAAAAUGCUCGUGCAAUAUGGAACAGGCCUCUUAAGACUGUAUAUAUCAGUGACUGUGGAGAGCUCAAAGUGGCUAAGCCUUCCCUUUCUCCUACUCUACCUUAAAACCAUUAUUCACUAAUUCAAGGUCCUUCUGGUAUCUACUAGUUAAUUUUCUUGUACGUAUAUCUAUUCUUCCUGAAUGGAAACAAAAGAGGAAGAUUUUUGUACUCGGUUUAAUUCAUUAAGAAAAAGGAGACCACAGUUCAAAAUUCUUUAA